AUGGAGGCUAUCAAGGAAGCGAAAUGGUUGUACACAAAUGAAAACAAAAGAAAUUUGAUCGAAKCCUGUGAAACAUUUAUAUUUGAUCUUGACGGUGUAAUAUGGCUGCAAAAAAACUUAAUUCCUGGUGCUACAGAGCUUGUGGAAUGCUUAAGAAACAUGGGAAAGAAAGUUUUCUUUAUAACCAAUAAUAACGACAUUUCAAGGGACAACUUCCUAAAAAAGUUUGACAAAUUUGGUAUGAAAGUUAGCAAGACUGAGAUCUACACAGCAGCAUUUGCAACUGCUUAUUACAUGAAACACAUUGUUAAGUUUGAUAAAAAGGUGUACAUGAUUGGUGGUAAAGGAUUAUCAGAGGAAYUAACUGCUGUAGGAAUACCUAACAUUGGAUAUGGUCGUGAUGAUGUUAAAGAUGAUUUUAAUAUUCAAUAUGAUGUGGACUUUAAUUUGGACCCCGAGGUGGGGGCUGUAGUUAGUGGAUAUGAUAAGUUUAUUAGCAUUAAUAAACUUAUCAAAGCUAGCAGUUAUUUGGCGAGAGAUUCAUCUUGUCUCUUUGUUGCUACAAACCCUGAUGACAGAAUGCCAGUACCUAAAUCAAAAGACUACAUUAUUCCAGGAACAGGCUGUUUUGCUGCAUAUCUAGAAAAAGCUGCUAGAAGGAGCCCUGUGUAUGCAGGGAAACCCUCUACUGUGUUGUUUAACUGUAUUGUAAAUGAACAUAACAUCAACCCGGCAAGAACUUGUAUGAUAGGGGAUACACUUGAGACAGAUAUUCUGUUUGGAAACAACUGUGGUGCAAAAACUCUGCUAGUUUUAUCAGGAAAUACAAAUCAAGAAAUCCUUCAUACUGCCAUCAAAGACUCUGAUAAGAAGAAGUAUGUGCCUGACUUUGUUGUGGAGUCUGUGGGGGAAUUAUUAAUACCAGCGAAAGAAAUUGAGUCUGACUGCAAAUAGCUUUAGUAGCUAAUUAUAUUAAUAACUUAGUAUUAAUGAAUUUCAUAUUAUAUUUUUAGGAAUUUUGUGAUAUAUAUAACUUCAAUUAUAAUAAAAUGUUAUUUUUUCAAUGACAUGCUUCACAGAUUAUCUGCAUUAAGAAGGAAUUUCAUUUCCAGCAUCUAUCUUUUCAUGAACUUGCUAUCAGCACAAACACAAAUAUCGAUUUUUAUUUCCACAAUUUUUCAUGUUUGUUACAAAUAGGUAUAUUGCAUAAUAUGUGUAUAUUUUCGUCAUACAUUAAUAUCUGAUGAAUGCUAAUAAUGGGCCUUAAAUAGUUUUUUUUUUUAGUUUAAUCUAUUAUGUCAUGACUAUGAUAUUAACAAAUAUAUAUGGUUAUAGACAAACAAUAUUGCAUUGUCUCAUAAUUAAAUUACAAAGCUAUUUGCUAUACAGAGUUGUUUGAUUCAAGGAGUACAUGUCUUACAACAGCAUAAUAUAUAUACAACAUAAACAUAGAAUGAAUAUACAAGUCGUUAUGCCUAAUUUAUUACUAAGGAGGUGUGGAUGAGUUAUUUCCAAAAUUAUCAAUAAAACAUGAUUUACCAGAAA